CGCACGUUCGAACGUAUUUGGCGCGAACUACGGACAGAUGGUUGCGUGAGGACACUCGUUACAUAUUUUACAAUGCAUUUACUAAGCCAUGUCCGUGGUGACUAAUUUUUUCCUCGUUCGACUGAUGCGCAGUAUAACUGCCAUGCUCUAAAUUUUGAUCUGUAACUGACUACACAUUACCGAUCAUGUCUUUAUUGAGGCCCUUUUCUAAACUCCCUGAACUGAACAUGGCUAACGUACUGCUCGUGGGCAACGACGACACGUUUCAGCACGUUUUGGCCGAUGCUAUUGUUAAGCAGGAAAACAAUGUCAACGUUAACGUGCGUCUCGCCCGCACUCUGCCCCUGCCCGCCGAGAACGAAGACAGCCGCCCCCGCAUCGACCUCGUGGUCUUGAUCGUGAAUCUCCGUUCAGAACUCAGCCUUUCAUCAACAGAAACCUCUUUGAAGCACCUGGACACGGGUUUCUUCUUGGGCAAAGUCUGCUUUCUUGUAACUGGGGCUCGAUGCACAUCAGUCCCCCAUGAGCGCCUGGCGUCCCUGAGGAAGAUCGCUGUCUCCCUGCAUUGUCCCCUGCUAUUCACAGAGGAUCAGUGAACGCCAACGUGCCGUGUGAGAGGCUGAAAUCCGCCACGCAGCUGAGUGGAACAGGCACGUACCCCCUUGGCGCCAGUGCUAUCAACCGGCUGACCGACCCACAGGGCACCCAGGCAGCAUGUGGAAGGUGUGCUUGUUGACGAAACCAACCAUUGUACAUGCGGCUGCGGACAAACACUGCCGUGGCAGAAAUGGACUUCAGACCAGUCCUCUGGAAACUGGAAAGACUGGAAUCUAAGGAAAUGUUAUGAACAUUACAGUCAUGCCCAUGUGGCACAUUUUUAAGUCAGAUGCAGAUUAUGCAUGUUUAACUGUUGUGUUUUGGCUUAGGUGAAGGACAUACUGCAUACUUUCAGACUGAGUUUUUCAUUAAAUCCCAGGGUGAGCUGCAUCUUGCAUGACAAAUGCCUAGCAGAGUUGUCACAGCGAAAAAAGGUCUCCACGGUUCUCUGUGUAUUUGCUGGACAGACUGUUGACUUAGGAACCAAGGUGGCACAGCAGGUAGUGCUGGUGCCUCACAGCUUCCGGCCUCUGUGUGAAGUUUGUACAUUCUCCUCAUGUUUGAGUGAAUUUCUUCCGGGUGUUCUGAUUUCCUCUCGCAGUUGCUGCUGUUUCAGCUGACCUGUGAACCAAAGUUGCCUGCAUUGUGUGUGUAUAUCUCUCACUUGGACUGGUGUCCUGUCCAGAGUGUACCCUACUUAGCCUUGCACCCUCAAUUUCUGGAAUACGCUCCACACCGCUGUGACCUUGACUUGGAUAAGCGGUUAAGGAAAGUCAGUGAGUGUUGUUCCAAUGCA